CGACAUUUUUAGUGUAUCUCGUUCGUUCGUAGCGCGCGGACGCGGACGUAUUAUCGUUUACUUACUUACCUACCUAUCUAUUACUCGUACGUUUACGUCGUGAACUCGUCGUCUCGAAAUGGCGCGUACCAAACAGACUGCUCGUAAGUCGACCGGAGGUAAAGCUCCUCGCAAGCAAUUGGCGACCAAGGCCGCUCGUAAGAGCGCACCGGCAACAGGAGGUGUCAAGAAGCCUCAUCGUUACAGGCCCGGGACGGUCGCCCUUCGUGAGAUUCGUCGUUACCAGAAGAGCACGGAACUCUUGAUUCGCAAACUGCCUUUCCAGCGUCUCGUCCGUGAGAUAGCUCAAGAUUUCAAGACCGAUCUCCGUUUUCAGAGUUCGGCGGUGAUGGCCCUGCAGGAAGCCAGCGAGGCGUAUCUGGUCGGUCUCUUCGAGGACACGAACCUUUGCAAGUUCGUCAAGAUGACCGGUCGCGGUAAAGGAGGCAAAGGUCUUGGAAAGGGGGGCGCUAAACGUCACAGGAAGGUGUUGCGUGAUAACAUCCAGGGCAUCACGAAACCGGCUAUCCGUCGUUUGGCUCGCAGAGGUGGAGUGAAACGUAUCUCCGGUCUUAUAUACGAAGAGACUCGCGGCGUUCUCAAAGUGUUCCUCGAAAACGUGAUCCGCGACGCUGUCACAUACACCGAACACGCCAAGAGGAAGACCGUCACCGCUAUGGAUGUUGUGUACGCUCUGAAACGCCAAGGUCGCACCCUGUACGGUUUCGGCGGUUAAAGAAGUUUCAUCGACGAUUUUUUAUUUUUAUUUUUUGUCUCGAGAACGAUUCAAUUUCUUUUUUAAUUACACGGACAACCGAGCAAUGACUGACAACUGACAACAGCGGUGACAGCAAGCAAGCAACACACGACGUGGACCAUCUAGAAACAUGUUUCAAGAACUUUUAGCUGUCGUUGAUGUUGUAAAUCAAUCGCAAGUGACGUUGGUUCGUUUAAUUAUUAUUAAAUUUUUCGUUCUCGAAUACAAACAAACAAAGGCCCUUUUCAGGGCCGCAUUUUUAUCUAUUAUGAGAAAACUUGCCUUUUUUUUUUCCCGAUUUUCAUUAGGUUAAUUUUAUUAUUAAAAUAAAAAUAAAAAAAAAAUAUAUAUAUAUAUUCUUUUUACUUUAUUUAUUCUUUUACUUGACUAUAUUAGUUUCAAACAGAAGAAAACUCACAUGGAUGCAAUUAGUACAGGUACGUGUCCGACCUAAUAGUACAAAUCAAAUCAUUAUUUAUUAUUUUAUAUUAUUAGUAAGAUAUAUAACUAGUUUUAUUAAAACUUUAGUAUAGUGCAGUCGUCGCGUGCAAAAAUUUUCGUUUAUUUCUAGUCCUUUUAGCACCACGUAAAAGCGUAUUUAAGACAGUAUAGGUAUGUACAACAUUUUUAUUAUUAUCAUUAUAAUUGUUGAUUUAUAUUGAUAGCGUGAAAUCUCAUUGUACAUAGGUACUUAAUAUAUAUAUUUAAAAAAAAAAUAAUGUUAAAAGAAAAAGAAAAAAAAAAAAAAACUUUACAAGCAACCAGAAUAGAACAUUCCGCUCGCGCGUUCCGAAACUUGAAAGUUUGAAUCUGUUUUACGUACCUCUCGAUUGAUCAUCAUUUUAACCUAUGAAAACUUUUAUAUUUCAUAAAAAAAUAAGUUCAACCUUAAAAGUAUACGAAGAGGGUUAUAUAUUAUUCAUUAAAUAUAUAAUUAUUAUUCGUUUUAUAUGUAAAAUAUCAUAAUAAAGUUAACACUACCUGUGCAAUCGACGAGAUAGCGUUGUUAAAAGUUUAAUAUUAUUUUAUAAUACGAUCGGAUCAUAAAGAAUCGUACAUCAGUAGAUUCAAGGAUUCGUGUAGUUUAAUCUAAAUUCGAUAGAAUAAUUACGUGUCUUUAAUAAUAUCGAAAAAAAUACAAAAGACGUGAGAUGUGUUAGUGAAAAGUUUCAAGAAUUGGUACACGAAAACGUAUCGCGUUUUUAGCGUUCUCGUUACGGUAACAGAUCGGCGCGGGUUCAAAACUAACCGAUCGUGGCGACAUCUGUAAGGUGUAAACAUUUUCAUUUUUCCGAUUCAUUAUUCUGCCUGUGCUUAAUAAUAAUAUUGGAAUCUCUUGUGUUUUGUGUGUGCGUGUACAACAACAAUAAUAAUAUAAUCAUCAACGAUGGCAGAUACCGCUGUUGCGACUGAAACUCCAGCUCCGGCUACACCCGUCAAAAAACCAAAAACAUCCGCGAGUGGUGGUGCUUCCGCGGGCGCUAAGAAACCUAAAGCUAAACCGAGCCAUCCGAAGACGUCGGAAAUGGUGAACAGCGCUAUUGCCGAACUCAAGGAGCGCAGCGGCUCGUCUUUACAAGCAAUCAAGAAAUACAUAGCGGCCCAGUACAAGGUGGAUGCUGAAAAAUUAGCACCGUUCAUAAGAAAGUAUCUGAAGAACGCCGUCGAAUCCGGUACUCUAAUACAGACUAAAGGCAAGGGAGCUUCCGGAUCUUUUAAACUGGAAUCGAAGACCUCCGCUUCUAAGAAACCCGGUUCCGGAUCUGGUGGUGCGUCCGGUGGCAGUUCCGUAAGGGCAGCAAAGGGCAACGCUUCGUCCGCUUCCGCUUCGGCAGCGUCUAAAGGCGGCAGCAGCAACAAAAA